CCCAGCCCAGCCCAGCCCCUCCGCGGCGGCUGGCGGGAAGGGGAAGAGGAAAAACACACCAAACCGCCACCCCGGCCGCCGGAGGAGCCGCCCUCCGCUCGGGCGCGCCCACGCCCGGCGUGGCAACCCAGCGCCGCCCGCCCCGAGCCGAGCCGCGGCGGAGCGCGCCCGGUCGCCGCCGCCGGCGGAGGAGGAGGUCCGGGACGAUGCUAGCGGGACUAGGGCGAGCGGUGCGGAGCGGCUGGCCGCCGGUGCUGCUGUGCGGCCGGGCGGCGCGGGGCAGGCGGGAUGGCCGCCCGCCGCCCUCAGCGCCUCAGGUGCGCCCGUGGAGCCACGUCGGAGCCAGAGCUUGGCAGGGCCGGGAAGGAGCGGUACCUUACAGCACACUGGUGCCAUCUGACGAAGUAACUAUUAAUUACAGACAUGGUCUUCCUGUGAUAACUCUAACGCUGCCCACGAGAAGUGAACGCUGUCGGUUCACUGUUAAGCCUAUGGUUACCACCGUAGGGGCAUUCCUGCAGGAUGUGCAGAGAGAAGAUAAAGGAAUUGAGAGGGCAGAAGUCUUUGCAACAGAUGGUAGCAAGGUUUCUGAUGCCACCUUGAUGGAGGUCUUGUUGAUGAAUGACUUUAAACUUGUUAUCAACAACACAGCAUACAGUGUGUCACCUCCUGUAAGAGAUAAGCUGAGUAGUGAGCAUGCUACUGAAAUGGAAGACAUCAAAUCCUUGGUUCACAGACUGUUCGUGGCUCUACAUUUAGAAGACCACCAGGUCAGGAAAGAGAGAGAAUUGCUGCAGAAACUGGACCAUCUGAAAGAAGAGCUGCUGCCUCUUGAACAGAUGAAAGCCAGAAUCAUGGACAGUGCAGAUGCAAAGACCUCCAGGCUCCUAUGGGUUGGCUUAGCUCUGAUGUCAACACAAGGGGGAGCGCUGGCCUGGCUCACUUGGUGGGUCUAUUCCUGGGACAUCAUGGAGCCGGUCACAUACUUUAUCACUUACGGGAGUGCCAUGGCGUUCUAUGCCUACUUUGUUCUUACUAGACAGGACUACGUUUACCCUGAUGCUAAAGACAGGCAGUUCCUCCACUACUUCUACCGGAAAUCCAAAAAACGGCAUUUUAAUGUGGAACGAUACAACAAGCUCAAAGAAGACCUAGCAGAGGCAGAAGAAUCCCUGAGGCGCCUGCGCCAACCUCUGCACCUGAGGCUUCCCAUCCAGGAAAUCAGUGACAAGGACUGACUUUGGUUUUGUAUAUAUUAGAAUUGCCCUUUCAAACAUUUAGUCACUCAACAGAAACUGGAUAUUUUUGACCACUAUAGUUUUGAAAGUUGCAAUAAAUAUCUAUAAAAAUGAUUCGGUCACUUGAUGGUUUGGGUUUG